CAUGAAAGAAUUCACAUUGGAGAGAAACCAUAUGUAUGUAAGCAAUGUGGGAAAGCUUUUACCAGACCUGAAUGUUGUAAGCAACAUGAAACAAUUCACACUGGAGAGAAACCCUAUGUAUGUAAGCAAUGUGGGAAACGUUUUACCAGACUUGAAUGUUGUAAGCAACAUGAAAGAAUUCACACUGGAGAGAAACCCUAUGUGUGCAAGCAAUGUGGAAAAGGUUUCACCCAACCUGGAAAUUGUAAGGAACAUGAAAUAAUUCACACUGGAGAGAAACCAUAUGUGUGUCCGCAAUGUGGAAAAAGAUUCACCAGAUCUAAACAUUGUAAGCAACAUGAAAGAAUUCGCACUGGAGAGAAACCCUAUGUAUGUAAGCAAUGUGGGAAAGCUUUUACCAGACCUGAUUGUUGUAAGCAACAUGAAAGAAUUCACACUGGAGAGAAACCCUAUGUAUGUAAGCAAUGUGGGAAAGCUUUUACCAGACUUGAAUGUUGUAAGCAACAUGAAAGAAUUCACACUGGAGAGAAACCCUAUGUAUGUAAGCAAUGUGGGAAAGCUUUUAAAACACAGGGAGCUUGUAAGAGUCAUGAAAGAAUUCACACUGGAGAGAAACCCUAUGUAUGUAAGGAAUGUGGGAAAGCUUUUACCAGACCUGGAUGUUGUAAGAAACAUGAGAGAAUUCACACUGGAGAGAAACCCUAUGUAUGUAAGCAAUGUGGGAAAGCUUUUAAAACACAGGGAGAAUGUAAGAAACAUGAAAGAAUUCACACUGGAGAGAAACCAUAUGUAUGUAAGCAAUGUGGGAAAGCUUUUAACACAUGGGGAUACUGUAAGAAACAUGAAAGAAUUCACACUGGAGAGAAACCCUAUGUAUGUAAGCAAUGUGGGAAAGCUUUUAACACACAUGCAAGUUAUAAGGUUCAUGAAAGAAUUCACACUGGAGAGAAACCCUAUGUAUGUAAGCAAUGUGGGAAAGCUUUUAAAACACAGGAAUAUUGUAAGAAUCAUGAAAGAAUUCACACUGGAGAGAAACCCUAUGUAUGUAAGGAAUGUGGGAAAGCUUUUACCAGACCUGGAUGUUGUAAGCAACAUGAAAGAAUUCACACUGGAGAGAAACCAUAUGUAUGUAAGCAAUGUGGGAAAGGUUUUAACACAUGGGGAUACUGUAAGACGCAUGAAAGAAUUCACACUGGAGAGAAACCCUAUGUAUGUAAGCAAUGUGGGAAAGCUUUUAACACACGUGCAAAUUGUAAGGUUCAUGAAAGAAUUCACACUGGAGAGAAACCAUAUGUGUGUAAGCAAUGUGGGAAACUUCUGGCCACGCCACUCACAUCGCGUGGCCCCACCCCCUGGCGGUUAGCGAAGAUUACACUCCACUCGGCCCAACCUGGGCGCCCCGCGCCCAGGGACGGUCCCUUGCCACUGGCCUCCGCAUCCCACUCAGUCCCGCCUCGCCCCCGGCCUAGCUUCACAGAGGAUGCACGGAGUAGCCAUUUUGCCGCUAGCGCCCCCUUCUGGUGA